AUGAUUAUACUAUUCCUCAGCAAUAUAGCAGUACUGAUAAAAAAGAUCAAAAUUGAAUUAAUGAAAAAGACAAAGCUCGGGCCUCGAUAUUAUUUUGACGAAUGUACCUACGACGAAGUAGUGAUGGACCGAUUGGCACCAGAGGAAAUGGCUCAUGUCGAAGAACUGGUUGAAAAGAUUGACAGAUUGUACACUACAAUUUAUGAUAUUGGCUAA